AUGAAAAGAACAACAAAACCAGAGAAAAGUAAACAAGAAGAAACAAAUAAACUAAAUAAAUUGAAAGAAGAAAUAAGUAAAAGUGAAAAUGAUAUAAAAAUGAAGAAAAAUGAAUGUGUAAGAAUAAUAACUGAUUACGAUAUUGAAUUAAAAUUUCUUAAUGCAAAAAUACAGUACCAAACUGAUACAGACCAAAAUGAAUUACAAAUGUUAAAUGAUAAAAUGAGAGAAUACAAAGAACAAAUUAAAUAUUUAAACGAACAAAUAAAUAAAUUAAAUGAUAACGCAUUAUCUCCUUCUUUUAUUCAAUUGAAAGAAGAUGAAAGUGAAUUAGAGAAAGAAAUAGAAAAACUCAAAAAAGAAAAAUUAGAAAAAGAGCUUCAAAAAAAAGAAAAUAAAAAGUCCGUAAGAGAGAUUGAUAGAAACUAUGAAACUGUUGAAAAUGAAAAAUUUAAAAUAUCUCAAGAAAUUCAAAACACUAAACAAUGUGUAAUGAAACUUGAAAAUCUUAAAUUUAUUCAUUUUACUGUACAUGGAACAGUUGCUGUAUUUGGAAAUCAAUAUAUUGAUUUUGCUGAUGAAAAUAAUAUUGUAUUAAAUGGUCUUAAUGAUGAUCCUGGAACAUAUUGUUCAUUAUUCCUUGGUAUUGUUUAUUUUUCACAAUCAUUCUGUUUUUGGGUAUUAGGACAAUUCUCUUAUUGGCAAUAUAAACAAAUUCUUAAUAUUAUUGUUCAAAUAUUUAUUGGGGCAAUUUGUCUUGCAUUAAUUUAUCUACGAAAUGGAUGGGUGUUAUGUGUUUUAGCAAUUCCAAUUGGAAUCAUUUCUGGAUACGAUUUACAAUCAAAUGUUUUAUAUUCAAUCAAUGCUGGUCCUAAAAUUAAAGGUGUUAUUCUCGGUAUGAGUGAAUGUGUUGGUGAAUUAACAUGUUGUCUUUGUCCUUUGUUUGCUGGUUUGAUUGCAACACAAACAGAUGAUAGAAAAUGGGCAUUAUGGUUUGGAUUGAUAUUACAAUGUGUUGGAAUUGUGUUAUGUAUUAUUACACAAGCCAUAACCAUCAUUCUGGAACGAUUUGAUAAACAAAAAGAAAGUGACGAAAUCGAGUUAGGUAAUGAACAUCAAGAAUCUAAUCCAAUUGAAGACGUCGAUGUUGAUACUAAUUUAGUUCAUCAAAUUGAAAUAGAAGAUGGAAAUGUCUCUGAAUCUUCAGAACUUGAUAAAGAAGAAGACUCUGAUGAAAAGAGUCCUGAAGAGAAUGAAAACGUUCAACCCACUGGUACUCCAGAACAAAAACCUUCUAACGAAUAA